GUUAGAAAGUCGCCGACUGUCAGCGAAUUCGGACGAUCUGAACGCAACGCCUCCGCUCCCAAUCGGCUAACGGUACUCGAAAAGCGCCAGUGCUAGCUUAACUUAAGUGCAAGAAUACACUAAACUGAGAUUAAACAUUAAGGCGGUCUUUGUGUCAACAACGUGUUGCUCCCUUCCGUUUGGGAAAAAAAUAAAGAAAAUCUACAAUCGCCCCUCGCGAUUUCCGCUCGCGUUUUUCUGCUCGUCUAUCGCAAGGACCAAAAAAAGUGUUUGUGUGUGUUUUUGGCCCCCAUAAACGAGUGUGCGUGCCAAAGUGCAACAAGUCUCGGCCGUAAUUUAAUUGCAACAAUUUCCCCGCUUUCCACAUUUACCCGAUUUGAACAAGUGCAAAACACGACUCGAUCGUAUCGGCCAAGCAGAAGAUAUAUCAGUGUCGCAGUGUUCGUGCAAAGUGGAGCAUUCAUCUCCCAAAAAACAAGACAAAGACAUUGCAUUAGUCAGCAGAUCGAGGACUGCUAGUGGACGUGACUUGGCCCUUUCCAGCACUCAAUCGAAAGAAUCCUUGCCGCCCAGCGAUAGGAAGUCGCUCGCAAUGUUGCCGCAUCAUCAGCGCCAUAAAAUGGCGGCCUCGGCGAACAACGCCAUCUGCUUCCUGAUCCUGUCGUUCCUGCUAAUUGGCGGCUGCCUGGUGGCGCCCAUCGAAGGGCGUGCCAAGGAGGACCGUCGCAAUAGGGGGCGUGGCAGCAGCAGCGGUUCGCUGGCAUCCUCCUCCGGCAGCAGCAGCAUCAGCAACAACAACGGCAACUACUACGGUGGCUCAUCGUCGUCAGCCAGUUCCUCCUCCGGCUAUGUUUUGACCAGCAGUAGUGCCCUGAAUUCCGGCAGCACUGGCUACAGUGGACCCAUGGACAGCACUGGAUUCUGCACCCGACGGCGGGACAUGAAACUGAUGUGCUACUGUACCCCGGAUGAGAAUCAUGUGCCAGUGCAGAAGGCCGAGUGCUGGGUUUUCUCGGAGGGAUUGCAUCAGAAUGACACCACCUGGACGCGAUUCUACCAGCAGAAGCGUUUGCGGGAGCUGAAGUUCGUGAUCCAAAACAAUGCCCGAUUGGACUAUAUACCCACCAUGAUUAUCGAGCCGCUGAAGAACCUGAGCAGCAUUGUGAUUGAGUACUCGCAGGUGGAGAUUGUCAAGAGCUAUGCCUUCGCCAAUCUGCCCUUCUUGGAGAAGAUUAUCCUGAAUAACAACCACAUUAUGGCCCUGGAUCAGGAUGCCUUUGCCAAUCACAUCAGGCUGAGGGACUUGAGCCUGGACCACAAUCAGAUCUUCGAGAUGGACCGCUAUGCAUUCCGUAAUUUGCCACUCUGCGAAAAGCUUUUCCUGAACAACAAUAACAUUAGCACUCUUCAUGAGGGCCUAUUCGCUGAUAUGGCCAGGCUCACUUACCUGAAUUUGGCCCACAAUCAAAUAAAUGUACUGACCAGCGAGAUUUUCCGAGGAUUGGGUAACCUGAAUGUGCUGAAAUUGACCCGCAACAAUCUGAACUUUAUUGGCGAUACUGUGUUUGCGGAAUUGUGGAGUCUGAGUGAACUGGAACUGGAUGAUAACCGCAUUGAGCGAAUUUCGGAACGUGCCCUGGAUGGUCUGAAUACACUGAAAACAUUGAAUUUGCGAAACAACCUGCUGAAGAAGAUCGACAACGGUCUGCUGCGGGGCACCCCCGCCCUGCUGUCCAUCAAUGUGCAGGCAAACAAAUUGGAAACGCUGACGUUCUACACAUUCCAGCCAAUUAUGGACAAUUUGGUCAACAGCACCAGUGAGCUGCUGGUGUCAGACAACAAAUUCAUUUGCGACUGUCGUCUGCAGUGGAUCUUCGAAUUGAAAAAUCGCACACGUCACCUGCAGCUGCGUGACUCGCUGGAGGAAUUGCACUGCACGCUGCAGGAGCCGAAACUGUCGCACUUUGUGGACCCGGUGCCGCCGACCAUCCUGGACGUGCUCAAUAUCGGUGGAUUCACGGCGAUUGGCAGCAAUAGUGCCAGCAUGGGCGGAGUGGGCAACAGUGUGGUGGGCAGCAGCUACAGCGGAUUGACGCUAGACGAGACCAGGAAGCACUCGGCGGGCAGAUCGCGACAGGCUCUGCGGGGACAGCGGCAGUUCGCCUCCAGUGCGGAGAACGUGGUGGAGUCGAAGAUGCGCAAGAGGAGGAAGCGGCAGCAGGAGGACCCCAAGCAGAAGGACCUGGCAGCAGUGGCACCGGCCCACAAGCGGUAUGACUACUACGACGAGAACACUGGCGGUCUGUCCCUGAACCAUGGCCUCGAUCUGGACGACAAUCUCAGCCUGCACAAGCAGGGAUUCUAUGGAGCCGGCAAUCCGGCCGUGGGUCACAACGAUGUGGAUGUGCUGAUGACAUCGCACACCUCGUCGGGCGAUGCCCUCGAUAUACUGACCAACAAGAAUGCGGUGUACAUCAAGUUGUUCCUGCUGAAGCCGGAAAUGCUGCCCUGCCACGAUGAACUGAGCGAUCCCACCGAGUUGCCCCUGUCCCGCGAUCUGAUGGAUGUGCGCAGCAAUGUGGGACAGGAUAUGUCGACGGCAGGAGGAUCAGGUCCUUUGGCCCAGGGCAUGGCCAUCCUGGGAACACUCGUCCUCGCACUGACGUUCAGUCGGGGUUGAAUUCGCCGGUAGAGAGCUUCACCUUCAAUACGGUUGCUUAAUGGUGACCCCAACGUUUGGUUCUACAUUGUACAUACUGUCUUGGAGAUGUGGUGCCCUUGGGAAACGAGCUUCAACACGAAAUACGAAAGAUACCAGCUGCAGUCCUGUAAAUAUGUAAAAAGGGGUAACGAAAUUCGAUAAAUUUACUACUAUAAACCUAGCUGAUAGCUGUAAUGAUAGACUCGACUUUUCACCAACAACUUCAGCAGCAGAUUCAGAUUCAAAUUCAGAUUGAUAUUGAGAUACAAAAACCGAAAGCAAAACAUAAACCAAAACCGAAACUAUAAGCCCAAAACGAACCCAAAAAAGAGAACCUCCGAGCAAACUGGCGUUUCAUUUAAAGAGAGAUACUCAACUUACCGCAGGAUGACGACUACCACUACACUCUACUACAUAGCAUUAGUUUAAAAUGGUUAGCCAUAGUGACACAUUUGGUUUACUUGAGCAAGGUACAUACUACAGUAAAACUUGGAAAGCGCUAAACGUCUUAGGUGGAGAGACAGAGCUGGCCAAAAAACCACUAAAAUGAGGCAUGCCUGUAAGAUAAACGCAAACGCAGAACAUGACAAAAUCGCUGAAAGUUGCAACGAUAGCCGUUAGUCGAUAGGCAAUAGAAGAUAGAAGAUAACAGAUAGCAGAUAGUCGAUAAAUGUAAUAGGUAAACGUAAUACUCCCGGCCACCCGCAGUUCUUGUUAGAGUUUAAGUUUGCUUUUUAGUUGUAAGACUGUUUGCUACCCUACAACUGUCGCCUGAAUUUCCCUCACCGCCCAAAACCCCCGGGAAAAAAACACUUUUCUGCUUUUCUCCUUCUUUCGCCGCACCAGAAAUGAAAACGAAAACAAGAAAUAAAAAUGAAUACAUUGCGAAUUUAUAUAACUUAUUUGAAUAGAUUCAAAUUAUAGCAAACAAAAGCAUAAAGAGAUAAAAUAAUAAAAACAAAACAGAAAUAUGCAUAACGAUUUUUGUAGCUUAAGACUGAAUAUAUAAAGGUAAAUUAUGCUAAUAUAUACAAAAUAUUUAUAUGGAAAAAUACUGUAUGUUUAAUUGUAUUGUAAUGAAUGCAAGCUGGGGGAAAGGGUAAUGUCAUUUAUAGAGAAAAACCAAAAAAGCCGACGAUUCGUGCAUUCAAAUUAGUAUGGAUGCAUAAAACACUUUAUUUGGCAAUUUAUUACGUAUUUUAUUAUGCACAAAACUAUGAUUUACCAAAAAAGGAAAAAAAAAAACAAGAAAACAUAAAAAACAAAAUCUGUUUGAUUAAUGUGUUUAAUAAUUCAUAUACAAAAAGAAAAUAAAUUAAGCAAAAACCAAUGCAAAUUUAUUGUG